AUGCCGGCCGCAAAGAACCUUUCGCAGCAACAGCUGCUAUUUGUCGAUGGCUCAUUCGAGGAGUUGGCCGCGGAGAUGGCCGAGUACCUCAAGGCGGACGAGGCCAAGCAGCUGCUAAACGGGGAGAAGACGGCAUCCAAGGAGGAGGUUCUGACCAAGCUGGUAGCGUCGUCGCAGGCGUUGACGGCCGUGCCUGAGAAGGAGUUCACGGCGGCGUCUAACAUGAUGAUCCACUUGGUCCUCCAGUCGUCGGACCCCAAAAAGCACCUGCCGGCGCUGUGCUCCAUCUUCUCCAAGCCUCUGGCCAGCUCGCCAGUGCACGGGGCCGGGCUGUCGCUCAACGCCCUCACCACCAUCUUCAACCUGCUGGAGCCGGCCGACCCUGUCCGCGCCCGCGUCUUCAUGGAGAUUCUCAAAUUCCUCAAGACCCACGGCAUGUUUGAGUCGAUCAAGCACUACCUCGACCGCCUGCCCGAGUGGAUGGACACGUGGGGCACCGAUGAGGAGUACCAGAGGACGCUGUACGAGGAAGUGGCUGAUGUUGCCAUCGAAGCUGGAGAGGAGCAGCAAGGAUAUGAAUUCAUUCUCAAGGCUCUGAGGACAUUCGACGGUGAUGAGAAGGACGAGGUCUCAUCCGAGGAGGCGCAGAAGCUAUCCCUCCGGGCCGUUAAGAUGGCCCUCCUGUCCAGCACGCACUUCCUCUUCCAGGACCUGCGGUCGAUCCCCAGCGUGCAGGCGCUCGGCGACUCGCACCCGGUCUACUCGCAGCUCCUGGACAUCUUUGCCGAGCAGGACCUCGAGGACUACAACGACUUCAACGAGGAGCACGAGGGCUGGGUAGAGCAGCAGAAGCUGGACCACGAGAAGCUGCACCGCAAGAUGCGGCUGCUCACGUUUGCCAGCCUGGCGGCGGCGACGCCGAGUCGCGAGAUUGAGUAUGCCAAGAUUACCAAGGCGCUGCAGAUCCCCGACGACGAGAUCGAGAUGUGGGCCAUUGACGUGAUCCGUGCCGGGCUGGUCGAGGGCAAGCUCUCGCAGAAGCGCAACGUCUUCCUCGUGCAUAAGGUGACGUACCGCGUCUUUGGCCAACGCCAGUACCGAGAACUCGCCACGCGCGUCGAACACUGGAAGUCGACGAUGCAGAACGUCCUCGUCGUCCUGCAGCAGGAGCAGGCAAAUGCCAAGGCCCAGAAGGAGCGCGAGGUCCAGGAGUUGGAGCGCAAGCUCAAUAACACCGGCCUUUUCAGCGGUGGUGGUGGUCGCAGGCAGCAACGUGAGAGGACGGACAAUGAUGAUUAG